AAGACUUCACUGGAACCCUCACCCAUUGUCCCCACAACACUCUUUCUAUAAGGUUUACUAAACCCACAAGACACUCUCAAAGCAAAUCACAAUUAAAGAUGCGUUUGCUAUUAGAAGAAGUAGCUACAGCUUCUUCACCAUUCUCCUCUGCUUCUACAGAAUGUAACUCCCAUACUUGCAGAUGGAAGCCUUACUCAAACUCUAGUGAGUUCCAAGCAAACGCAUCUGUUCUCCUCAUCCUUUUCGUCUCUGCUCUCAUAUGUGGUCUCUCUCUCUGCGCUGCUAUACGUUGCUUUCUCCGCUCAAAUCUCCAGACUGAUGACAACGAACACAAGCCUGAACCUGAAGUGGAUGUUUCAUCCACCGUACCAACUCCUACUCUUGUCUACUCCUCAGACCUUGAGCUUGCGGGAGCUGAAGCAGAGUGUGCUAUUUGCUUGUCUGAAUUCGAACCAGGUGAGAGUAUCCACGUGCUGGAAAAAUGUCAUCAUGGGUUUCAUGUCAAGUGCAUCCAUAAGUGGCUCUCUUCACACUCCUCCUGUCCUACUUGCCGGACUUCUAUCUUCUCACAGAACAUCUUAGAGUCUGCUCCUUCAACAAACCAGAACAAUGCUUAAUUAGCUUUUCUCAUUUCUUAUCCUGU